UUUUCUCUGUGGGGCUUCGUUUUCGUUUUGGGGGGGGGGAGUAAUAAGUUCACCAGAGGUUCGCUUGUGCCCUGUGCCCUCCACCAGACAGAGUAAAAGCAGGACUUGGCCAUGCACAGCGCUUGUGGAGGGAACCCGAGACAGACAGGUCGUCACAAGCGGAGGGCAGUAUCUGCUGUUGUCAAGGAGAGGCCGCUUCUGCUUUUCACACUGAUAUCGAUCGUUGCACGGGGUGGUUGGGCAGCAGAGGAAGGCGUUCGGACCGCUGUGGGAAGUGAUGGAGUGGCUGGAGGGAGCAACCGUGGUGAUUCCGGUGUCGCCGGAACCUACGGCAGCAUAGGUGAAGCUACGGCGGGUGCCGGUGUUUCGUUCCUCGACGUUGCUGCUGUUGGUGAUGCUGAAGAUGCGUCUGCGAGGGUUCGGGGCGGGGAUUAUGCUAGCUACGCACCUGCUGACAGUCGCGUUGGCCACGGUAUCAGCGGACGUACGGAUGCCGCGGGAGGAGACGGGCCGCACCCUCAAACGAAGCAAAAGAGCCCGUCGUGGCAAUCGUUGAGGGGAAGGCGGGCGAGGGGCGGAGGAGAUGGAGGGCGCGAGCAGAAGGAAGGGAGGUUAUACGAGAGCGAAAACCACGCUCGACAGCUCCCGGAGAUCACGGUGGGGACGGUGGGCGAGUCCUUCGACGUCCGGGAGAACGGGGCGAGUGCGGGGCCGCAGGAGCAGGCUUUGACGGAAGGAACGCUGGCAACUCCUCCCGCCUGGGACUCGACGCUGUGCAUGGCUCACUGGGGCGUACCGGAGCUCCAAGACGAGCCAGACCCGAACGGCUAUGUAGUUUACGUCAACGGCAGGGAGCAGCUAGGGGGCAACAAGUUUCUUGUGUCUGACGGAAUUUUCAUGGCCAAGGCGCUCGGACGGACGUUCGUUGAAUACCCUGUCAAGGACGCCAGGGUGGCAAAGCUGGAGGAGGCCUCCAUCGGCCUCGGCGCCUACUGGGAUCUCUCAGAGCUGUGCAUGUACCACCGUAUUCUGGACCUGAACAGCUUCCGGAACAUGAUGGUCGACGGAAGAAUACCCCCGGAGGCCUUCACCACCAUCAGAUCUGACUCGCACGAGGUGCUCCUCUACCAUGCCACUGAUGAAGAGCACAUGGUCGACAUGUUCAAGGACUACGAAAAGUAUCAGGUGAUCGUGAUGGAGUCGACGUGGAAAAGCGGCAAUGAACGGGACGCUCUUCAGUUUCUCAGGCCAAACCCGUUCUUCGUGGGCAUCGUCCGAAUGCUUCUUGAAGCGCAGAAGGACUGGGAGACUGGGGAAUUCGUCGCCGUGCAAUGGAGGACAGAGUUGUCCAACGGAAACCUCACCGAGUGCUACCAAGAGGUGAAGGCCCUCGUCGAGGAGCAAAGGGUGGCUCUCGGGUACGGCACUCACCAGGUGCUGUUCAACACCGACCUGUACGGCAAGACCUCUGGGACGUACAAGGCCUCGGCCCAGGCGCACGGGGCGGCCGUGCUGGACCUGAUCAACCACGACUACCCGCACGCCCUCCACAACGAGCUGCACCAAUUCUUCACUGAGAUCGACGACUCCGGUGUGCGAGCGUUCGUGAGCGGCCUGGCGGUGGCCUCCUCCCAGGUGAUGAUCGGGUCCUCUCUCAACGACCCCCGCACGAAGGACAUCUUGGACGCCUACCGCUGCGAGAAGCCAUACUCGGGCUACAUCACGCUCAUCACCGAGUGGAGGGAAGAGAUCCUGCACAAGGAGCCGGAGACGGUUGUCCGCAUGUUUCCCUUCGAGUACCCUCCCCCGUCCGAGCCAGAGGAAGAGCCAGCGCCACAGCCAGAGUCAGAGCCCGUUGGGGAGCCGUGACCCUGUUUUACCGGGCGGCCGGCGCUCUCGGUGGGCCUGAGCCUGGAGCAGCAGCAGGGCCUCGGGAUAGCCCGAGAACAGCGACCUCACCGGCCCACGCCGUGUGUGGUGUUUCGUGUUCCAUAACUUAGGUGAGCGCCGCCUGCAUCUGUAGCAUAUUCGAAAGGUUAGAGGCCCGACGAUCUAUUCCCGGCGUAGCGUUAAGGUGGAGGAUUUUGUAUUUUGGGCAAUGCAUACUGUUGUGUUCAUGGAGUGGCCGCGUUACGUUUUCCCUGAGAAAGAGGCUAUCCAUCGAUGCUGGCGGAUGAAGAAUGCGGGGUUCUCUAAGUUCGCGUGCGUCGAUGGCUUCAUGAGUGCCGGCAGGGUUCCCGGAGAUAACUGGUGGCAAGGACGCUCGUUUUGCCUCACAAAUCGAACGAGGGUUCAGUCACAACAGCGUGGCAGAUGAUGUUGCGAGCUCCACAUCAUGGGCAUGGGUACAGCGGUAACCCCAACUUGUUGAGUCUUGUGUUUUUCGUUUUCGACCUAAAAGCGUUUCGUUUUUUAUUCUGUCCUGGCGUGCUGUUUCUUGCCGACAUUCUUGUCGCUUCUUUCGUGUUUUUCAUGUAGUUUUGGUAUUGUGCCAUAUGUUAUGCGUUUGGUUGCGUGUAUGUUGGAGCCCCUGCCUCCUCCUUCGCAGGUUGGUAUUGAGUUUGAUCACCCGAGUGGCCCAGCUCUACACUCGUGUUCCGUCACAUGUUCUUAUGAAGGCGUCACUUUGAACACGGUUCGGCUUGUUGGAGGUUCAGCCACUCAGUCGGGUGCAACAUCCGUAGCCUUGUCCUCUCUGAAGGCUAUGUUCUCGAUGCGUCGUAAGCUUCGUUUUUGAUGGUCAAGUCUGGAUACUUGCACAAUCGAUAGUCUUGUCUGCCAGUGGACUGUCGGUGAAAGGAUUCUCGGCUCGGGGUGCUGUAAUUUGAUGGUUCAAACCUGGGCGUUUGUGCAGUGCUAGAGCGUCGGGCUUUUCUUCGCGUGGGCGCAUCCCGGGUUUGGUUCCGUAUAAUUAGCUAAUGACGUGGCGUGUCUCGAAUCGUGUGUUGUGUCUAUCGUGCCUGCCAUCUGUCCGGACCUCGCGGAUAGCUCGAGUUUUUGUCACUUGUUGGAUGUUGGCGUUUUUCGUAAGACAUGUUUGUUUGGUGCCAACCUGUUGGUACUCCCGGUGAUUUUCGUGCUGCACUGUGUCUGUGGCUUGGGUCGGGGAGAUUAUUCGAUUCUGGGCAAGGUGGAAGAGUCGUGUUGUAGUCGGCAUUUUCGUGCCAAGUAGUAAUCGACCGUGGGCGCUUGUGAGUACACUUGAGUGAAGGAACUCCUGAAACCUUCUUGCCUUGAUAUCAGUUUCAAGCAAGGGCCCGAGAAAAGUCCUUUUGUGUCACCGCGGAUCGGCGCCCUUCAUUUUGAAGCGGCCAUCAAUUGAAUAACAGUCGACGAGUGAGGUGCAGUGCAGCAGCCAACUGACACCUUCAAAGUUUCAGCUUCCGAAGAAGAGGAUGGCGAACGAGGGUACAUGCCCCGCCCUAGGCACACGACAAGCUUGUCGAAAGGUUGGUCUGGUGGGUUUUUGAUACCGCCACGCUCUCGGUCCUCCCUCUUCGUCGUAGCUUGUAACUGAAUCUCGAGGUUGGGUUACGUUUGGUGGGUGCGUCGGUUUGCUCCACCUUGCCUAUUUGGAUGACGGGCAGCAGCAGCGAUUGUGUGCUUGCUCGUAUAUGCGUAUUCUAGACUACCGCAGUUCAAGCUUGUCUAUCACUCCUGUCUGUUGUUGACGAUUUGUUCUUUCAGCGUGUGUUAAAAUUGGACAAGGCAAGUUGAUACCUUGUGGGCCUCUACUAACGUAGUACGAAGGGAGCAGAGGGAGUCUAUAUACAGAGUCCAUGUGUUUCCGUCCUCCUGUGUGAACCCGGCAGAUCGUCAAAGAUGCACACAACAAGUAGAUAGGACGAAAACACGCGCACAAAACAACAGCGGCAGUUUUCUCGUCUCAUCCAACGGGCACCAGUCGGCCUACACCUAGAUGCCUUUGGAAUUGGUUGGUUGACCCUAACCAGGAGGAGGUCUCUUGUUGUUUUUGCUGUCGUUAUCUUAACGUUGUCACAAACCGAUCCGGUCUCUACUCAUUAAUGUUCCCGUCCGGUCCAACUGAUGCAGACGCCAUUCGCAAGCGCAGGCCAAACAUACGGUACCCAAAACGUG